UUAAGAAGUAGCAAGUAAAUCCCCUAGCGAGGGACCUUCUGCACAUAUUUCAAAAUUGAAGGCCAAGGCAGUCCCUUUCUCACAAAGUCUUAUCUUGAGGAAUGAAAAAUAUUGCAGUGGCGGAAAGGUCACACCAGCCACACUGAAACAGGCAGUGCCCUGUAACUCCUAUGGACAAGGUUCUAGACAUACAGAGCUUUUACUGAUCUGUGGUAGCAAUGAGUUAAUCUUUAUUCAAGGUAAGGGUCCUAGAAACUCUAUUGAGAAACAUCUUCAGAAAAGUUGACAGGCUUAUAUAGGGUUAGCUUAUGGACCAAAAAGGAGGACUGCAUCUGUUGAUGGUGCACCGCUUUAUCAUAUCCCCUACUGUGCAGAAGUAUUUGUGGAUCCGGAAACACCUGCUAAAUGUGAGCAAUAAUAGUGCUUAUGGUAGGUAGGCAAUUUUAAGUAAAGCAUGAUCUAGAAGCCAGUAGGAAAGAAAAAGAAAUAUAUUAGUCAGUCUGCCUAUCCACCUGUCCUAUCACAUGUAGAACAGAAAAACAAAAAACAAAAGAAGAGGUGGUGUUUUAGGAACCUUUUAUAGUAUUCAGGUGUCUUAUCAGGUCACAGAGUGAAGAAAUGUCCCCAUAUGUUGUGCUGUUGUGAGAGACAUAAGGAAAAUGCAUGUUAAAUGUUCAAGUGGCAUCUACAAAAAUUGUGAUGACUAAAGGCAGCAGCUGCCAUCUGGGGGGUAUCCAGCCGGCAUGUUCACAGACAUUGUUUGUAUGUUAAAAUCUGUAUGCAUGAUAUAAAAAUACAGAAAACUCUACAGAAUUAGACCAUGCCAUCUGUUGUUUUUAACAAAAAUGUAAAAAUACAAUCCAAAAUCAAAGCUUGCCACACUGUAAAACACUUAAGUGACUAUGUACAAUAGUGAAAUGUUUGUGCAGGUGCAAAGGAAUAUGUCGUAAAAUAAUACAUAUUGUUGGGUGGUAGAAAAUGUAUUAGCUAUAAGCUGUAAUGAAGUAACAGAUUUUAACAGGUGUAUCAUCUGUAGAGCUUUAGAUGAACCAUAGAUACUAUGUUAGAUAAUAGAACAUACACCUAUUCCUAACAUGUUGUCAUUUUUUGAAUGACUCCCUUUAGGCAGACAGAUUUGACUAAUAGGGUAAAGCAGGAGCGGUGAAAAAAAAAUCUCUGCUUUCCCUGGUCAUGUCAACAGAAUUUGGCAUUUACAAGGGAUGCUGAUAAAUUAGGGGACUGCUAGAUAAGCUAUUCCCUUAUAGGUUCGCUAAAGGUAAACCUUUGGUUGUUUCUGGGGCUCUGUUUAUUGUGACACAUCUAGAAGUAAUAUUAAAAAGUAGGUUUACUUGCAGUGUAUAAUUACUAACAUCAUAAUGCGAUAGACAAGUCAUAUAAACACCAACAUGUUUACAAAGACUGUCUGAAAACAUCUGUCUUGAAAGGUUCAAAAGAGGGGAAAAAAAAAGUAGAAAAGGAAGGUACAAAUCCGGUGUCCUGAGUCUCCGAGUUCCAUACCUGAAAAAUAAAAGAUUCUCUUGAGAAAAACAUAAUAGAAAUAGUAUGCUAGUAAAAACGAAAUGGCCAUAAAGGUGAAAUAAAGCCAAUGCUAUAAAUCCAAGUAGGACGGCACAGAUGAAAUAGGUUAGGACAGAAUCCUAGGUAGAUGACGACCACAUUGUGCCCCUAUUUUUAAUGCACAAGAGCUUGAUAUGUUAAAAAAAAAGCCUUCGGAGAGCAAAAGGAAGAGAUGUUUGGAGAAGCAGAGACUGCAAGUAGACUGGCUGUGACACCCAGCCAGGGACAGGCAGAGCUCAUGUAUCUGUGAGUGAUAUAGAGCUCUGUGGCUCUGUCCUUGAUUCUGUCCUUUCUCUCAUGCCUCUCUUCGUGGUCUUGAUACCUGUCUCUUUUCUCCUCCCUGCUGACUCUUUCCUUGCUCUCUUACCUACCUCCCAUAUAUACUCUCUUUCCUUUUCUCCCCAUCACCGUAUCCUACUCACUCCCUCUCUCAUCCUUAUUCUCCCUCCUCCCUCUCUUUCCUCACCCUGUCCCACCUCCUCCCUCUCCCAUCCUCUCUCACUCUUUGCAUUUUCCUUGUUGCUCUGAUCCUUCUUUCUCCAUAUAGUUUAUCAGUUGUCUUCCCUGUAGUUCUGUGUUUGUCUCCUUCCCAUUCCCCUUCCCUGUGUGUAGAUGUGUCUCCUGUGCUCCGUUAUCCUUGCAGUUGGCUCUGCAAGCUCCGCUCUGUAUAACAUUCUUCUGGCAUCAUCCAGUGCGGCUCCUGGCUCAGGGCAGGUGAGGGAUGAAUAUUACCUGGUUGGGACAGAUGUUACUGAUGAAUGACCUAUUGCUGUCUUCCAUUGCUUUUUUACUUCUUCCAUUCCUUAUCUACCCACCUUUUUAUUAACUUACUCAUAUCAAAUUAUUUUUUUCUUGCAACCUUUAUUCUGUGGGACAUGAUUGGCAGCAGGUUGUUUAGAGGAAAGAGUUAAAGCAGCUGUGCAUCUAAAGACUGGUGAAGAUAAAUCACUGAAUUUGCCAAUGUUUCUGUGCAUCUGAGAAGCUGAAGGAGCCAUAUGCCAUUUUUCUGUUGUGCCCACCGCAUUAUGCCAUGCCCCCAAGCCAGUGCAUGGCACGUUGCCACAUUCCUGCAGAAUCAACAUCGUUUUUACCACAUUCCAGUGAAGUCUCCUUGAUUAUUAUGCCAAACUCCAAAGUAGAUUUCAAGCACUGUGCUACCUGCAGAAAAGCUGACAUUGUGCCAUAGCGCUCUGAAGAUGUGGGUAGAUGCCGUUCUAUAAUGAACCUUUCAUGGAUCAGACAUAAUUAAGUUCAUGCAUUGUUCCACCUUUGCCAUGUCUGUUGCCCAGUCACUGGGAUGGCUUUUUCUUGGUGCUCUUGGUUGUGGUGCUGUAGUAAUGGAAACAUUGCUUCCGCGAGCUGGAGGACCUGUGGUGAAUGUUGCUCUGGUAUUUGGUGGGUCAUUUCCACAGAUGGGUUUUGUAGGACCUCUCAUCCCAGAUGGAUCUUUAACUCUACCUCUUGACAUUCAUACAGUUACUGUGCUUGUUAACGAUAGUGGCCCAGGACCACUCUUGAGCCAUUUGUGCCUGGCAUUAAAAGAAGCACAUUCAGUUGUGUUUCAGGACAAUAUUGGAACAGAAGCUGUGGCCCAAAUUCUAGAUUUCAUCUCUUCCCAGACGCUUGUACCAAUCAUUAGCAUUAGUGGAGGAUCUGCUGUGGUACUGAGUCCAAAGGAACCGAGAUCUUCCUUCCUGCAGAUGGCAGCCUCAGUGGAACAGCAGCUCACUGUCAUCUUCAAGGUGUUGGAGGAAUACGACCUUGGUCCAUUCUCUGUUAUAACCAGUCAUUAUCCUGGUCACCGGUUAUUCCUGAAGACAGUCAGAGCUUUGUGUGAAGCUAUUCAACCAGGUUGGGGCCCUCAAGAUGAAUUGAUACUAGAACCAGGAACUGGCCCAAGGGGAACCCAGAGAGUUCUCAGACAAAUUUCAGCUCCUGUACUUUUACUAUUUUGCUCCAGAGAGGAGGCUGAGGAACUGUUCCCAAUUGCAGCUGAAGCUGGACUACUUGGACCAGACUAUAUUUGGAUUGUACCAAGUUUCACAAUUGGUUCUCCAGAACACCCUGCAGAUUUCUUCCCUGUUGGACUUGUUAGUGUGGUGACUGAUGGUUGGCGGAGGAGUGCACGGCAAAAGGUUCAGGAUGGAAUAGCAAUUAUUGCCGCAGCAGCAAGGAACUAUUUGCAGAAACAUGGUGAUCUGCCCGAUCCUGGAGGAACCUGUUCGACACCAGGACAAAUACAAGGAAAUGACACUUUGUAUAGGCAUAUGCUGAAUAUAGUGUGGCAGGAGAGAGACCUAUCCUUCAAUACCAAGGGAUUUCUACAAAAUCCAUCCAUGCUGGUCAUUAUAUUAACACCACAACGGAUAUGGGAAGAGGUUGGCAGGUGGGAACGUGGUAUAAUACGCAUGAAGUACCCAGUCUGGCCACGAUAUGGGAGUGGUCAACAACUUGUGUCAGAUACUCGUCACUUAACGGUGGCCACAUUAGAGGAGAGACCAUUUGUUAUUGUUGAGAACACAGAUCCAGUAACAGGAGACUGCGUACGGAACACAGUGCCUUGCCGCAAACAAAGCAACCUGACAUUGAGCAGUUCAGGUGAACCUUACUCCAAGCUGUGCUGUAAAGGCUUCUGUAUUGACAUCUUAAAGAAGUUGGCUCGUACAGUAAAGUUCUCAUAUGAUCUUUACCUUGUGACAAAUGGCAAGCAUGGAAAAAUUGUGCGCGGUGUAUGGAAUGGAAUGAUUGGAGAGGUUUAUUACCAGCGUGCUCACCUUGCUAUUGGGUCUCUAACCAUAAAUGAAGAACGCUCGGAGAUUGUGGAUUUUUCAGUUCCCUUUGUAGAGACUGGAAUCAGUGUCCUAGUAUCACGUAGCAAUGGAACUGUGUCCCCAUCAGCUUUUCUAGAACCAUACAGCCCUGCGGUCUGGAUGAUGAUGUUCGUCAUGUGUCUAUCUGUUGUGGCAGUGACCGUAUUCAUCUUUGAGUAUUUCAGCCCAAUGGGAUAUGAUCAAGAUCUGAACAAUGGAAAACGUUUAGGAGGUCCAAGUUUCACCAUUGGGAAAUCCUUAUGGCUCCUGUGGGCAUUGGUGUUUAAUAACUCAGUUCCCAUACAGAAUCCUCGUGGGACUACUAGUAAAAUCAUGGUGCUGGUCUGGGCAUUCUUUGCUGUAAUAUUCUUGGCUAGUUACACAGCCAAUCUUGCUGCAUUUAUGAUUCAGGAACAAUACAUAGACACAGUGUCUGGCUUGAGUGACAGGAAGUUCCAGAAACCUCAAGAACAUUACCCACCUUUUCGAUUUGGCACUGUCCCAAAUGGUAGUACUGAGCGUAAUAUCCGCACCAACUAUCCUGACAUGCACAGUUACAUGGUGAGAUACAACCAGCGAUCAGUGGAAGAUGCACUUGCCAGCUUAAAGUCUGGAAAGUUGGAUGCAUUUAUUUAUGAUGCAGCAGUGCUGAAUUACAUGGCAGGCAAGGACGAAGGGUGUAAGCUUGUGACCAUUGGGAGUGGGAAAGUCUUUGCAACAACAGGGUAUGGUAUCGCUCUGCAAAAGAACUCAAGGUGGAAGCGACCGAUUGACCUGGCUUUGCUACAGUUUCUUGGAGAUGGUGACACUCAGAGACUGGAAACAGUGUGGUUAUCAGGCAUUUGUCAAAACGAGAAGAAUGAGGCAGUAAGCAGUAAACUGGACAUUGACAACAUGGCUGGAGUCUUCUACAUGCUGCUGGUGGCUAUGGGGUUAAGUCUUCUAGUCUUCUCCUGGGAACACCUUGUGUACUGGAGAAUGAGACACUGUGUACCCAGUUCUUGUGUGGAACAGAGUCUGCUGGGGAUUAGUCGGGGGAUAUACAGUUGUUUUCGUGGUGUUCAGAGUCCAUCCCGUAGUCCUGCUUGCCCUGACCCAGAUGUGACGGGGACCCCUGUACCAGCCAAUGUUUUAAGGGUUCUACAAACAGCAAGAGAUCUGGUUUCUUCUUCUGGAGUUGGGGGUUCCCUGGAGACUGCAUCUCAUGCUCUACGCACAUGGAGACAGCGAAGUGCAAGUCUUCAAGCUGCUUUCUCUGUCCAGGGAUCACAGCAGCCAACCCAAAAUAUUUCCUCUCAGUGUGGAGUCAUAGCCAAACCAGUGGCAACCGCAAGCCAUGCCCCAAGUGGACCACUUCUUUCUCCUGCAUUAAGAACUUCUCAUGGAGCUUGUUUUGCACCAGAUGAGAUAGAUCCCUCCUCCACAACAACACACACAUUCCAAUGUCAAGAAAAUGCCCCACAGGUGACCCUCAUCUCACAAAAUGGAAGCAUUCAGAACACAAAACUAGGAAUUGCCAGCGGACCUUGUGAUAUUUCCCAUCUGACAAUAAGCAAAAGACUGGAGCCAAUGCACAGACCUCCCUCCACUUCAACAAUAGUCUCUCCACAUUGCCGAGCUUGGUGUCCAUCUCCUGUUCCAAGGCGAGUAUCAAGAAAGCCUUAUCUGUUGUGUGAUUCCCUCGAAAGAGAAAACCUGAGUCUACACGAAAAAUGUGGUGGGCCAUUAUACUGUUCUCUUCCUCAUACCUCCCAUGUAUGCCCUUUCUGCAGCAACAGCAAUAGCUAUCCCAUGAGGAAUAGAGGCAUUAAAUGGUGUAAUCCUGCUUCCUAUAAGUCUUCCCAACAUAAAGCAUGUUUGCAGGAGACAGUCUCCGCACAUGCCAUACCAUCCACCUUAACCAACAGAGACACACACACUGUUUUUAGCAAGGCUACUCUAGGAAGGACUGUGUGUUACUCCCACACGGGAAAUAAUAGGAAUCCUUCCUCUUCAUCUUUAGGAACAUUUCCAGGUGGCAGAGCAAGAACCCACCAUCCCACUGAAGCAUGGAGGAGAAUUAGCUGGGAGUCAGAAGUGUGACAUUUAUGGAAUACCUGUGUGUAUUAUGACAAUAAGAACUGUGCCAGAUUUAAAGGAUCAUAUUUGACUGCUGACGCUCAAGUGCAGGACAAAUGUAUAGAGGUCUGUGAAAAUCUUUAUACCUAACCAUAAAAAGGCUUUAGCGGUAUCGUCAAUGGAAUGGAUUAGGUAUGAAUUAGAACUAUGAAUAAUAUUGCCACUUUGCAUUAAAGGGUAUGCCUACAUUUAAAACACAAUUUUUCUGUUUAUAUAUAGCCAUAAUCCAUUGAAAAAGUUAAGUAAAGUUUUACUUAUUUUGUAUUGACCCUCAGUUAUAUAUAUCUGAAUCAGUACAGGAUAAAUAAUGCAAUGUAUUUAUGAAAUUACUCAACUGGUUCUAUAUAAAGACAUAAAAAUGUGGUUCAGAGGUGUCCACUAGAGGCUUUAUCAGAAGUAACAGCAAUAGAAAAUUACAACUAUACUCAAUGUCCAGAAAUGUUAUGCAAUAGAAAUAGGUUCACCUUCUUAUCUGCCACAAUUGCUAUUAUUGUGAUUUUGCCAAGGACAUCUGUCUCUUUAUUUAGCAGUUACCUUAAAGUGCCAAUCUAUUAAAUGGUUUUAGUAUUAUAGUGCAAAAGAAAAAAAAAUAUGCAUAUAAAUAUAUGUGCAAGGUCAAAUGUAAUUCUCCUUAAAAGAAUUUACCAUAUUUUUUGAGAUAUUAAUAUAUUUUAUUAACAAAGAACAGUCCUAGAUAUAAACUUGUGAACAAUUGUACACUAGAAUUCUAUGUUCACCUUUGCAACCAUUUGUUUUAUUGCUUCGGUGCAUCCAAAAUUAUAAGUUAACCAACCUAUUAAUAUUAUUGAUUAAAAAUAUGUUAGUGUCUACAGUCUUAUGCAGUCCUAUGUACAAUGCAUUCAAAAAAAUGUAAGACCCUUUCACUUAUUUCACUUUUUGUUAUGUUUAGGCAUUGUCCUCAAAUACAAAAUGUUUUUAACAACAGCUGAGAUAAAAAGUCAUUAAAAACGAAAUACAAAAAGUUUGCAUGGACAUAAGUAUUCAGACCCUUUGCUAUGACACUUGAAGUUUCUACACCUUCUAUACGCCUUUACACCUUGAUCGGAGUCACCUGUGGCAAAUUCAAUUGAUUGGACAUGAUUUCAAAUACACAGCCCUGUCUAUAAAAAGUUUUAAUGUAUAUACGAGCAAUAAAAAGAAAAAGUAAUAAGGUAAAAGAACUGCCUGCAGAGCUCAGAGAUCUAGAGAUCUACAUACAUUUUUCUAUUCCACAAAAAGUUGUAGCUCAAUGGCUUCCAUAAUUCUUGACAACCAGGACUCUUUCUAGCCUUUCUUCUCAAAUAAAUAAUCAUGGUGAUAAGAGAGGUGACUAAGAACUCAAUGGCCACUCUGGAUGAGCUCCAAAGAUCCUGUGUGCACAUAAGAUAAAUAUUCAGAAGGUUUCCAUCACUGUGGCAUUCCAUAAAUUUGGGCUUUGUGAUUGAGUGGGCAGAAAGAAGUAUCUUCUUAGAAAAGAAAAAGAAAUCUGAAAAAAAAAUCUAAAUGACUGAGACUGUGAGAAGCAAGGUUCUCUCACCUGAUGAAGCCAAAAUUGAACUUUCUGGCCUCAAUUCUGAGAAUCACAUCUGGAGGAAAUCAAUUACUGCUCAUCACCUGCCCAACACCAUCCCUUACAAUAAGGCAUGCUUUGCAAGUGUUUUUUAGCAGAUGGGACAGGGAGACUGGUCAGAAUUGUGGGAAAGAUGAGUAAAGAAAAGUACAGAGAUAUUUUUAAUGCCCACUCCAUGCCCACUCCAGGUCCAUGAAGCAUGCUUACGACCUGAACACUCUUCAUACCUACAGACAUUGCCGAACAGGCAGAUGUCCUGCAUUAAACCUUUUGACACCAUGAUCAUGGUGUCUAUUUGAUUGUGGUGUCUAAAAUAGCUAACAAUGCUAAAUGGCAGGGUCAUGAUCAGAUGAGAGCACAGAUGAAGGUCUCUUACAUGGCUUCCAUCUGUGCGAUUGUUGCUCCAACAAUGCAGGCAACCUUGGCAGCCAAUACUAAUAAAGUGUCGAUAACCCUAAUCAAUGCUCUGCUAUGACACUGCAUCGUUCAGUAUUUGCAAUCGAAAGACUGCUUGUGAUAGCCCCUUAUGGGGACUAAAAAAAAUUGUGAGUAAAAUGUAAAAAAAAAAAUUUAUAAAUCUAAACAAGCCCCUUUCCUAACCAUAGUUUGAAUCACUCGCCUUUUCCCAAAAUUUAAAUAAAAUCAUGUAAACAAAAAUAAACAUAGACAUAUGUGGAAAUUAACUAUUAAAAUAUAAUGUUAGUGAAACCACAUGGUCAAUGGCUUGCUGAUUUCUGGUCAUCUAAUAUGCCUAAAAGAAAAAAUAAAGAGCGAUCAAAUAGUUUCAUCAAGACAAAAAUGGUACUGAUGAAAACAAAACACCACAGUGCAAAAAAAUAACCCCUCAAACAUCUCUGUAUACAGAAAAAUAAAAGCUUUAAAGUUACCAGAUAAGGAAAUGUUUUUAGCAUAUUCAAUAGUAUUCAUUUUGAAUCUUUUGAAAAGUAGUAAAAUUGAGCAAAACCUCCAAGAAAUUGUUGUAAUCAUAUUGAGCUACAUAAUUGCCCUGCACAAAUAUUUUUUUUUGUUUCUCUGUAAAAAUUGUCAUAAAAUAGGUGAUGUCAAAGGUGCCAAAGGUGCUUCAACUUAGUACUGAGUAAAGGGUCUGAAUACUUAUAACAUUGCGAAAUGUUAGCGUUUCCUUUUCAAUAAAUUUGAUAACAUUUCUAAAAUGUUCACAUUCUCAUUAUGAGUGCAGAUUGGUAGGAGAAAAUUUGAAUUCUGUUAAUUUUAGCACAAGGCAACAACAUAACAAAAUGUGAAAAUAGUUAGAAUGUGUCAAGACUUUCCGAAUGCACUGUAUCUCCAUGGUUACCGACAAGAAAUUUUAUUUAGGUCAAUCCUGCAUACAUUGGGGGAGAUUUAUCAAAACCUGUGCAGAGGAAAUGUGUUAACCAGUUGCCCAUAGCAACCAAUUAGAGUACUUCUUUAAUUUUUAAAAAGGCCUCUGAAAAUGAAUGCUAAUUGGUUGCUAUGGGCAACUGGUCAUUUUUUCCUCUGCACAAGUUUUGAUAAAUCUCCACUAUUUCUCCUUACUCUGUACUACAUUUAC